AUGUUGGACCACCUGAUUUCCAUGCUGAUGGAUGCGGUUGGAGUGUUGCCGGCUAAGGAUCUGCAGGUCGAAGAGGCUUUCGGGUUCUCAACUCACUCAGAGACGGUCUGUGUGGUUUGCAAACUGGCCAUCUCUUCGUUUGAAGCCUCAUGGAAACCUGACAGCUGUGACCAUGUCAUCUGCAUUCCAUGCUUCUGGCAAUAUGCACCUGAGAUGGAGGCCACGGGGCUGCCUAGGUGUGCAGUGCCUUCUUGUGAAUCUUUGUGCAAGCCCGAGACCACUCUGGGGAUCAAUGUGGGUCAUGGCACCUUCAUCUCAGUUGCAGGCAUAAACAGUGGCAAGGGGAAAGAACCGUUGGAUGGAAUGCUUCAGGAGCUAGGCCAGUGCUCUCGUGGUGUGGAUCCAAUGUCCAGCAGUGACUUCUACUGUGCCAUAUGCAUGGAGACCGUGCAUGUCAGAGAGCUCUUCCCCGUACCCGGGUGCACACACCUCUUCUGUGUCAGCUGCAUGAGCCAGUACAUCGCUGCUAAGGUUGAGAAUGAUGUGUUCUCCAUUGGAUGCCCUGAACCAGGUUGCGAUGAUGGUGUACUGGACCCAGAGGUGUGCCGUGACAUGAUCUCAUCGCAGCUGUUCCAGAGGUGGGGAGAUGCACUCUGUGACUCAGCACUGGGGGCAUUCGGGUUCCACUGCCCCUUUCAAGGACUGCUCAGCAUUGCUGGUCAAUGA